AACACCUCCUCCUGCUCUCAGCUGUUUGUGUGUAAAUGUCUCUCAGAUUGACUUUCAGCUCAGUAUUGAAGCUCUGUUCCAUGACAGUUGUCCUCCUGACUUGAGAUUUUUUAUGCUAUACAUAACCAUGGAGUUCUUCACCAAGGAAUUUAUCUUUGAUCUCUUCUUUUUGUGUCUGCAUUGUUUUUCUGGAUUUUCCUGAAGUUUUUCCUGGAUAUUCCACAUUUCUGAAGCUUUCUCAAGAUCCGGAAUUAUUCUGAGAUCUAUUUUGGAUAUGUAAUUAGUGUAAAGGUUCUUCACAAAUCCUCAUAAAUCUUUAGGCAAUAUGUUCCUGGAUCUACCUCGAAUGUGAAGGUGUAGUUGUUCCAGAGAUCUAGAUGAUUUAAGAAAAGAAGCCUCAGCUGGAUGAAUCUCUGGUAAUUAUUUUCUAUUGAUUACAUCUCCAGAGAAUUCUGGAUGUGAGUUAAAUCUGAAGACUCAACUGUAGAAGAUCUCCAGAUGUUUCUGAAGUGUGGAAGAUCUUGUAUUGGAGAAGUUCUACUGUUAUGCAGUGAACUGUAAUGAGGAGGCUCGAAGAGGAGUUUACUUAAUCUGACUGAUUGCAUAUGAAUGCAGCUCUGAUGCUGCUGAAGUUGGUCAUCACUUUCUGCUGUUUCAUCAGCAGCUGGUCAUCGACAUGGAGGCCAUGCACAGGUACACUUCCACACCUAGAACAGCAUCUGUUACCACUGGACCUGCUGCAUCGUGUCCUUCCCGCUGUGGGCAGUCACCAGACUCAUGUCCGGAUGGUGCAGUCUCAGGGCUCAAGAGGACUGAAGCUCUCUGGACCUCCACAGGCACUGAGUUUCCCAUCGUCACAGAUCUUCACCAACUGCAACUUCUUCCCUGCUGAGUUCUCCAUUGUGGUCACAGUGAAGAUCCCCAAACUAAAUCCUAAUAAAGAUGAGUACGUAUUCACUCUUUUGGAUGAAGAUUCAGAUAAGAUGCUUGUUGGUCUUCGUCUUUCUCAUGAUAAAGUGCACUUCCUGUGGCGGAUAGGUGACAGGACAGAACGUGUGACCUUCAGGCAGGUGAACAUGGCGGAUGGACAUUGGCAUACAAUGGUGCUUGCACUCAGUGGUCAUUACGCCGUACUCACUUUGGACUGUGGCAUCCCAGUUGAGCUGCAGCUGGAGAAGCCAUUCCCUGAGCAGUUGUACACUGGUGGCUCCACCUUCUUUAUUGGCAGCAGGAGGAGAUGGAGUGGUCAAUUCUCUGGUUUAAUAAGACAGCUCGUCCUCAUGCCUGGGUCAGAUGCGUCCUCUCGUCUGUGUCCCUCGUCAGAUCCCACACUCUCUGUUCUGUCAGUUCCUCAGGUUCUCCUACACCUUCCAGUCAAACCUUCAUCCAACCUUCCACUUUACCCGUAUGAGGCAGAGUUGCGUGUUACUCAGUAUCUUCCUCCAGUGUGUAUCAGUGCUGUAGCGGGUCAGUUGUGGUUCAGCAUUGAGAAGAGAUCUUUGUUCCUGUGUAACGGCACCACAUGGGUCACCAUGAUGCAAAAUAGAGAGAAGCUGGAUUAUGUUGAAGAUCAUCAGGAUAUCUUCACAAUCUCAGAGACAUUUGAUAUCGAGGUUUUUCAUCUCCCGUCUCUUGGUUUGUUCAUCGCUACGGCAAAUCGUGACUCCAGCUACGGUUCAGCCAUUUACAGAUGGACCAAUGGCAGAUUUGAGCGAUUUCAGGACAUCAACACGUAUGACGCUCAGGCAUGGAAAUUCUUCACUGUGGGAAAAAAGAGGUUCCUAGUUGUGGCAAACUCCAGAAGAAUUGAUGGGAACAAGUGUGAGCUCUCAGUGAUUUAUAAGUGGAGAGUGAAGAAGCAGCGCUUUGUUGAGUAUCAGAAGAUUCAAACACACAGUGCUCGUGACUGGGAGGCCUUCCGAAUCCAUGACGACAACUUUCUUGCUGUGGCUAAUCACAGAGAAGGUGAGAUGAAUCACAACAUCGACAGCGUUAUCUACAAGUGGAACCGACAAACCAGGAAGUUUGAGGUGAAUCAAACCAUCUUAACAUCUGGAGCCUAUGACUGGGAAUUCUUUACCAUUGGCCCGUAUCACUUUCUGGUAGUAGCCAACACCUUUAACGGGAAAUCCACAGACAUUAGCUCCACCAUCUACAUCUGGAUGGGGGGAAAGUUCCAGCCAUUCCAGUACAUAACGACAUUUGGAGCAAUCGACUGGGAGAUGUUUCAGAUCGAUAACAGGUUCUUUCUGGCUGUGGCCAACUCUCAGAAACUCAGUGACUCCAGCACAGUGCUCUACAACAUCAACUCCACCAUCUAUGAACUUAACACCACCUCACAGAGCUUCAUGAAGUUCCAGGACAUUGCAACGAGCAGUGCUUUAGACUGGGAGUUCUUCACUGUGGGUGAUGAUAAGUUCCUGGUGGUGGCCAACUCAUAUGAUGGAGCUUCAUACUCUAUAAACAGUGUUAUAUACAGGUGGCAGGGUUAUGAAGGAUUCGUUCCUGUACACAGACUGAACACACACGGAUGCAGAGACUGGGAAUUCUUCACUUCCUCUGAUGGAUCUUACCUCAUCUCCUCCAGUGCCAGAGCCGCUUACUCCAAAGUCCUCAAGCUGAAGACCUUCUUCCAGUGUUGAGCUCUGAACUCCACAGCGUCAGGAGAAACAUCUCCUCCACAGCACAUCCUAGAUACAUUACAGCAUUACAUUAUGACCUGUGCUCACGUGCUCCCAAACGUGGACAUGCUCUGGGGCUUCUAGUGAAUUAAGGUGCAGUAAUUGAUAAGGUGCAGUAAACCCCACCCCCUCUGUGUUUUAUUGGUUUUAUUGGUCACAAUCACCUUCUGUUUCCAGAAUUAAUUUGAUUGGCUGCUGGCAGCCGGAAAAGAGAGAGAGCACUAUCAACAUUGGAGGUGAUGCUGAACUGAAAUGAUGUUAAAGUCUCAGUAAUAUUUAAUUUUCAGAUCUAAUGUUAAACCAAGCUAUAAACAUUUAAAACAAGCUAUUAAACCCUUCUAAAAGACUUUAUUUAUUGUUUUAGAGGAGAGUGAAGAUUUUUCCUUCUUCUUCUUCUUCUUCUUCUUCUUGUCAUUGUUGUAGAAAUAACAGUAGGAGUUUGUUAGUAGAGAGUGGCAGCUAUCAGAGCAGAGCGUUA